AUGAUCGAUAAGGAAAGAAUCGAUUAAAAAAUAAAAGCUCAUGAUGAUGAAAAGCUAAAAAUCACAAGAACAUUGCAAUCUCAGGUCGAUGAAAAAGCAGAGAAGAUUGCUAAAAACAUGAAAAAACUAGAGGACUUAGAAUAGAAUUCAGAUAAAAUAAAUGAGCAGCUGAGAGAGAAUUUUCAGAGACAACUGAAUGAACUUACAAAGAAAUAAGAAGCAGAGAUAUACCACACUGAGCAUUAAAUGAAUGAUCUUUCAGAUGACUUGUAACAGCUAGACAACUUUAAAAAGAAUCAUCGUUAGAAAGAAGAUGAACUUGAAGCUGAAAGAAUGAGAUACGAGCAGCUUUAGAAAUAACUAUAGAAUCUCAAGGAACAAGGUAGAUUAGAGCAAGUUAGACUUAAGUAACGCAUCGAAGACUAGUAUGCCAAAUUCUUAGAGGACUUCAAGAAAAGAGCACAAAGCGAUGCAGAAAAAAAUAUCAGUGAGAUUGAGAGAAAUAUUCAAGCUUAGAAUCAGAGACUUGAGGAUGAGGUUCUUUUAUAGUAAUAUGAGUUGGAAUUCAUGGAAAAGAGAAACAGAAAUCUAGGAGAUGAAAAUAAAAAGUACAAUGAUGAUCUCAGAUCCAAGCAGGAGACUGUAGAAGAGUAUGCUAAAAAGUAAUACGAGUAGAAUAACAAGAUAAAGAUGCUCAAAACCAAGAUUGAGCUACUUGAAAAGAGACUCAGCGAUAUAGUCUAGAACUUUGAAAAAGAAAAAGAACUUCUUAAGUUCCAAAAUGAAUAAAUCAUCAAAGAACAGAGUGAAGAGAUCAGAACUCUCAGGGAAAGUAUACGACUCAAAUCCAAAGAAAUAAAGAAUCUUAAGGCUUUAUGCCAGAUGAUUCUUGAUUAGAGAAGUGACAUAGAGCAAUUCUUCUUGGAAGCUUUGGAGUAGGUUAAGGAGGAGAAAAGAAGAAAACUAUUGGCACAGGGUUUGGUAAGUCAACCAUAAUAACCCUAAUUCCUACCUCUUAUUGAUCCAUAAGGCAAAUUCGGGAAAUCAAACUUUGAAAGGGAUCAGAGGUCAUCACAAGUUUUGAAUGAAAAGAGACAGGUAGAAUUAGCUGAUUUGGAUUGGGAAGAUAGAGAAAGAGUGCUCAGACUUAUGUUCUCUAAGAUGAAUACAGGGUAGCCUGCAUCCAACUGGAGAGUUGCUGGAGCGAGCAGAGGAAAUGAGGGUAGGACUUCAGCUGGUAUUGCUUCUAAAAGAACAGGGGGCAAUGAUGGUAACCAGGCACUAAACCAAUCUUUCAGAGAAGAUGAAGAGGGAGAGUAUGAUCAAGAAGUAGAUGAAGCAGAUUUAGCCUCAAAUACAAAUAUCUUUAGAAAGACUAAUGCAGAUGAAUACGGGGGCAGUGUAGCCACCACAAAGAAAGGAAGUUAAAAAUGGGAAUGA